CUGAUCUCCUAGUCCCUACCUCCCUUUUCAAGUACCUGGUUCCGAUUGGUAGUUGGAGUUCAGGCCUGUGGUGGGGUAGCACAUCAUGGUGGGAGAACAUGGUACAGCAAAGCUGCUCACUUCAUGGCUGGAAAUGAAAAACAGAGGAAGAGGAAAGGGGUAGGUUCCUCAAGGUCAGAAGGCCUCCCACUAGGCUCCAACUCAAAAUUUCCACCACCUCUCAGUAGCAUGAAGCUGGGACCUACGCCUUUCAACGCAUGGACCACUGGAGAAUAUCACAGAUCUAAAUCAGCAGAAUCUGAGGAGCAGAUGGAUAGCGCUUACACGUGGAAGCACCAAAAUUACAGAACACCUGUGUGAGAAAGACCAGACAAUACUGCCUCAUCCACUACUGUAUGGCUGGGACUCAGACUCCUUUUUCCCUGGCAUUGUAGAAGUCUGACAUCUUCUGGCUCUACACUUUCCUACUGCAGUCUAGUUAUUUGAACACCUCCAGCUUCACCUUCCCAUCUAGACUGCAGGGCCUGGCAGAGCUUCUGGUUCAGACAAGACCUCCAUGGAUCCACUCCAGAAAUGGAACCCAGGGCUGAGUGCGGGAUCUUCCCAGAUGGCUGCUGCAGAGAGCUCCCAGGAGGGGACAGCAGUCUGUUGGCCUUCCUCCACAGGACAGUUAGUGAUGGGCCUCAGUGACCUGAGCAUCACUCCUGGCUCCAACCCCCCUGUGCCUCUGCGAGAGGGACUGUUCGAGCAGCAGUACAGGGAAGAGAAGACUCUGCCGGAGCAGCACUGGGAAAGGUUGGGGUUCCCUCAGAGGAAGAAAGCCUUCCUGGGGCACUUGAGACGCAGGCACCGUGAUCACAUGGUACCUUACCCAGUCGAAAGGGAAACCAGGGUCUCUUUCCCAGGCACUAGAUCUCAGAAUCAAUUCAGAUGCCAGUGUCAAUACUGUCAGGCCCCCAUGCCAAAUAUUUCUCGUGUCACUGGGGAGAGGAGUGGAACCCUCAACCCCUCCUCCUGGGAAACCCUUGUGCAAGGUCUCAGUGGCUUGACCCUUAGCCUGGGCAGCAAUCGGCCUGGCCUCCAGCCAGGCAGGAUGCAGCAACAGCCACCAGAGGAAAAGGGCCAACUGGAGAGGCAACAGGAAAGCAAGAGCAUGUUCCAGAGGCUGUUCAUGCAGUGGUUGGAAGAGAACUGAGAUGCUCAUCCUCAUAGGACAGAGACCUGUAGGGAUUCAGAGAGUUCCGUGUUGGCAGCUUUAGGGAGCUGAGCUGUUGAUGGAGACCAGAAGUCACUGUUGGAAGAGGAGUCCUGAGACCUGUGUCCUCGUCUUUCCUGCCCGUCCUCCGUAGAACACUGAGAGGCAUUCAGUGUGGAGACUGCACACCAGUGUUCCCCGCCUCCCCUCAUCUGGCGCCCAUGCUGCAUGUUGUCGAUUUCCCAGCCUAGAUCUCCACCUCUGCUCGUUGUUGUCAGGAAGGCAAAAGAUGUCUGUGUAGUGUGAAUGCCUUGUUGAUGCGUGCUUUUGUAUCAUGUUGCUGACUGCUACCAGGAGCAGCAGGUGCGCUCGAAAUGGCAGUGCUUGACUCUGAGAUCCAGGUGCAGACAUCUGCUGCCACAAAGGUGUGGGAAAGAGAUGUGGAAUUAGAACCUGAUGCUUCAGCAUUGUGCUGUACGUGUAAACUAUCAUGACUGUAAUACACUGACUGUGCUGUCCUGCUCCUUAGCAAUCAAGUAGUAUGCUCCCGUGCAAGACUUUGCCUUGGUACCUCAUCGCUAAUACCAAAUAAACAUAUCUGUGAAAGCAAAGUAACGUUAGAACGCAGGUUUGUUUAUCAGUAGUGGUUUGUUUCUCUUUGACUCUCACUCAGGUCACUACCC